AUGAACGACUCUACAAAGGAAUCUAUUAUGAAGGUUGUCGAUAUCUCCAAGACCGUCAUUCACUGGGGAUUCAUUCCUUUCGUCAUUUACCUCGGCAUGACUCGCAGCAAUCCCAAGCCCUCUUUGUUGAAGCUUAUCAGCCCUCUUGCCUAA